AUGGCGACGUUCCUCAAAAAGCCUCUCAAGCUAGCCUUGGUCCAACUUGCAUCAGGUGCUCAUCGCCAGGAUUUUCCUCCAGGUGCCGACAAAGCCGCCAAUCUCUCCCACGCCCGCAGCAAAGUUCUCGAAGCGGCUCAAGGAGGCGCCCGGUUGAUCGUUCUUCCCGAGUGCUUCAACUCACCCUACGGCACACAAUUUUUCCCCAAAUACGCAGAGACGCUGCAUCCCUCACCCCCAUCCAAGGAGCAAUCGCCUUCUUUUCACGCCCUGUCCGCCAUUGCUGCCGAGGCGAACGCAUAUUUAAUCGGCGGGAGUAUUCCCGAGUUGGAGCCCGAGUCCAAGAAAUACUACAACACCUCUCUAGUGUUCUCGCCGUCAGGUUCCCUAAUUGGCACACAUCGCAAGACGCAUCUGUUUGAUAUUGAUAUCCCGGGCAAGAUCAAGUUCAAAGAGAGUGAUGUCUUGUCGCCCGGAAACGAGUUGACAGUCAUUGAUCUGCCCGAGUACGGCAAAAUCGGGUUGGCCAUCUGCUACGACAUCCGAUUCCCCGAGUCCGCCAUGAUUGCUGCGCGCAAGGGUGCAUUCCUGCUGGUCUACCCCGGGGCAUUCAACACCACCACCGGUCCUUUGCAUUGGUCCCUGUUGGGUCGAGCUCGGGCCGUGGACAAUCAGACUUACGUCGCGCUGUGUAGCCCUUCGCGGGAUCUCGAGGCGACUUAUCACGCGUAUGGACACAGCUUGAUUGCUGACCCCAGUGCGGGUAUCCUGACGGAAGCCGAUGAGAAGGAGACUAUCAUCUAUGCCGACUUGGACAACGAAACCAUCGUGAAUACUCGAAAGAGCAUUCCCAUCUACACCCAGCGACGAUUUGAUGUAUACCCUGAUGUGAGCGGCCAAAGCUCAAAAUAG